ACAGUCGCCUUGAUGCUUACUCAGGACCAAGCAAUCUUUAUUGAAUAGUUAAAGCAACUUUCAGCUUUCUUAAGCAAAGAAGGAAAAAGCAGCCUUUCUUGAAAUUAAUUAUAUGUGAGACUCUUCAAACUGGCCUAACAUAUAUAAGCAUGCAAGACAGAAGGCAUGAGCAGGUGGUGUCUCUACCCUUAAUGCUAAAGGAGCCUUACUCAGCAGAGAAAAGAGCCCACGAGGAUUACUCUGAGAACAUGUCAGAGGCUUCCUCCUUUCAUGACUUUUUUUAUGAUUCCCUAUCAGGCAUACAGGAUGGAGAGGUUUCAAACGAGCUAUCUGCAUUUCUCAGCAAGGAGGAGAUAAGUAAAAGCCUUGACCUUGCCAGAGAAGCUAUUGGUAAUUCAGUGAAGGAGAAUCAGAAUGUAGAGCAGGAGUUCACUCAUCAUUUCAACACUUAUCCAAACUCAUCAGAAUAUGCUUCUUCUAGAAAGACCAAAGUCCACGAACAAGAAGUUUUGGGGACGCUUCAGCUGAGAGGUCCAAAUUCACUAUUCAGCACAGCUCAAACUCUCCCAGAGCAACAGAAACAGCAACCACCCACAUCCCCUCAGGCAGCAAGCAGCAUUUGCACUGUUCCUGGGAGGCAAGGCAGCAUCUCGCCCUCGCUAACGGCUAGCCCCAGCUUUAUUCGGAGUCUAAGAAAUGCAGAGAGAUGUAGUCCAAAUACGCAGAAGACAAGCCCAAAAUCCAAAUCAAUGUCCCAGGGAGAUGCUCCUUUCAGGAACAAGCUGUGUGACAAGGCUGCCAUGUUCAUUGAAGAACUUUCUUCCAUAUUUAGAGAAGCAGCAAAGGCAAGAGGCAGGAGUCCCAAUGAGGACUCCUCUUCUCCAGAUAGUGGAUACCUGUCUCCUAAAAAGAAACAGUCAGCCAUGAUAAAUGCCUCAGUGAAUCAGAGCCCUGGUAGAGCAUAUCCAGAGACCAAACCUGAGGCAAAGUUACCUGAGACUCACCACAAUGGAGAGCCCUUCCCUGACAGGAAGUAUGUCACUCAAGAAAGUGAAACUGCCUUCCACCAUGAGCUCACCAAUCCGGGUAGCUAUCAGUCUUCAGUUCCUCGAUUUACUCAGAAACUCCGGAGCCAGGAAGUGGCUGAAGGAAGCAAGGUGCUGCUGGAGUGCAGAGUUGCUGGAAACCCAACACCUCAUGUCAGAUGGUUCUGUGAAGGGAAAGAGUUGCAGAAUUCCCCUGAUAUUCAGAUCCAUUGUGAAAGUGGAGGCCUUCAUUCACUAGUCAUAGCAGAAGCCUUUGAGGACGAUACCGGACGUUACACUUGCCUGGCAUCAAAUUCUGUUGGCUCUGAUAGUACUUCAGCAGAAGUAUUCAUUGAAGAAAUUUUGGAGUUUACGUUCAGAAUAAGCAAUGACAAUUUCUCAUUUUCACACAUCUCUAAGGAAGAAAUCCAUACACCCCCACCAGGUGUCAGCUCAACAGAUUCUGAGAGUGAAAGUUUAGUUUUCAAGUCAAAAUCUGGAGCUAUGCCACAGGCCCAGAAGAAAACCACUUCUGUUUCCUUAACAAUAGGAUCUUCUACUCCAAAGGCUGGAGUCACCACAGCUGUAAUUCAGCCUAUCUCUGUACCCAUUCAGCAGGUCCAAAGCCCUACGUCAUAUCUGUACCGACUAGAUGGAUCCAAGCCUGUCUGCUCCACACCCAUUUUUACAAAGGAGCUGCAAAACUCCACAGCAUCUGAAGGACAGGUUGUUGUACUAGAGUGCAGAGUCAGGGGAGCUCCUCCCUUGCACGUCGAGUGGUUUCGACAGGAUGUUGAAAUCCAAGAUUCUCCAGAUUUCAGAAUUCUCCAGAAAAAGCCCCGGUCUGCAGCUGAACCUGAAGAGAUAUGUACAUUAGUAAUUGCAGAGACUUUUCCUGAAGAUGCAGGAACCUUCACAUGCACAGCAACAAAUGAAUAUGGGUCAGUGACAAGCAGUGCACAACUUACCGUCUGCUCAGCCAACUCUGAAAGCUCUAGCCAUGAGCUGUCAACAAGAGAAUCCAACAGUGAUGAUUUCCAACAUUUCCCACCUCCCCCUCCAGUUCUUGAGAUUAGUUCUCUUGAGCUUCCUCCAAAGAAGCAUACAGAGAGCCAACAGGUGAACAACACAGAAUUUAGACCCAACAUAGCAGCCGUUCAGUUACAGCUCAACUCUGCUGAGAAGAAAACCAAUGGCAUCCAUCCCAGUCAUGAAGCAAAUGGAGUGAUUAACAGCAAAGCUAGUAGUGAUAAAUCUGCCCCAGCUCCAGAUGUCCUGCUUUCACCCACAAAGGAACCACCACCAGUCCUUGCCAAACCAAAGCUGGACCCUCUAAAACUACAACAACUGCAAAACCAAAUUCGUCUGGAACAAGAAGGUGGCCAGCGGUACCAUCACCACCAGCAACAUCAAAACCCUCCCCCAUCUCCUCCUUUUCCUCCUCCCCCUUCUUUCCAGGAGCUGGUGUCCUGCCAGUCUGUCACUUCUCCUGUGCAAAUGAGCAUUCUCAACUCCCACACUUCCCCAACCAUGCAGUCAUCCAGCACCUUCAACUAUGCCCGGCCUAAACAGUUCAUUGCUGCUCAGAACAUCAGCCCUGCUUCAGGUUAUGUAACUCCUUCAUCUGGGUCUUCCACAUCCAGCCUUCCAUCCCCUAUGUCUCCAACUGCCUCUCAGAAACAAUUUGGCAGAGCACCUGUUCCCCCUUUCUCCCAGCCAUUUGCUCCGGAAGGGGAGUACCUGUGGUCUCCAUCUUCCUCUUCGCCCCCUCCCCCUCCUCCACCAGUCUUUAGUCCAACUGCAACAUUUUCAGUUUCUGAUUCCUUCCCACUUCCCCCACCCCCUCCUCCUCCUCUCCCUUCCUCAGUUUCCUCACCUUCCCGCAGUCUUUCUCCAACUGCUAGAUUCUCUAACUCCAGCCAGUCUCCAGCAGCGUUCCUCAGCUCCAUGUUACCAUCCCAGCCACCGCCUAUAUCUGUCAAUGCACUAGGACUUCCAAAAGGUGUUAUGCCUCCGGGAUUUCCAAAGAAAACAGGCAGAACUGCUAGGAUAGCAUCUGACGAAGAGAUUCAAGGGACAAAAGAUGCUGUCAUACAAGACCUGGAAAGAAAACUUCGUUUCAAGGAAGAACUUUUGAACAAUGGCCAGCCGAGGUUAACAUAUGAGGAGAAGAUGGCACGUCGACUACUGGGUGCUGACAGUGCUGCAACUGUCUUUAAUAUACAGGAACCAGACGAAGAGCCCACUACACAGGAAGCUUGCUCUCUUGAUGCUUCUAUAAUGAGUCCUGUGGAUAAUCAAAAGGAGUAUAAAGUCUCCAGCUUUGAGCAGAGACUGAUCAGUGAGAUUGAAUACCGCCUGGAGAGGUCUCCUGUGGAGGAAUCGGAUGAUGAGGUGCAGCAUGGAGAUGAGCCCACUGAUAACAGUGUGGCACCAUAUUUUGAGAUGAAGCUGAAACAUUACAAAAUCUUUGAAGGAAUGUCAGUCACAUUUACAUGCAGAGUGGCUGGAAAUCCAAAGCCAAAGAUUUAUUGGUUCAAAGAUGGGAAGCAGAUCUCUAAAAGGAGUGAUCACUACAAAAUUCAAAGAGAACCGGAUGGGACCUGCUCUCUCCACACUACAGCCUCCACCCUGGAUGAUGAUGGGAAUUAUACUAUCAUGGCUGCCAACCCCCAGGGCAGAAUAAGCUGUACUGGAAGGUUGAUGGUUCAGGCUGUCAAUCAGAGAGGACGGAGUCCUCGAACACCCCCCAGCCAGCCUCAUAUCAGAAGACCUCGAUCUCGAUCAAGGGACAGUGGUGAUGAAAAUGAACCAAUUCAGGAACGAUUCUUCCGACCUCAUUUCCUGCAGGCUCCUGGAGACCUGAUUGUUCAAGAAGGAAAACUCUGCAGAAUGGACUGCAAGGUCAGUGGAUUACCAACUCCAGAUCUAAGCUGGCAACUCAGUGGAAGACCAAUUCGUCCUGACAGUUCUCAUAAAAUGUUGGUGCGUGAGAACGGUGUACACUCUCUGAUCAUAGAGCCAGUCACGGCUAGGGAUUCUGGAAUCUACACGUGCAUUGCCACCAAUCGAGCUGGUCAAAACACAUUCAGCCUGGAGCUCAUUGUUGCAGCUAAGGAAGAACACAAGCCACCUGUGUUUAUAGAGAAGCUACAGAACACAGGAGUGGCUGAUGGAUAUCCCGUGCGACUGGAGUGCCGAGUCUCUGGGGUGCCAUAUCCUCAGAUAUUUUGGAAGAAAGAGAAUGAGUCACUUACUUACAACACUGAAAGAGUGAGUAUGCACCAGGAUAACCAUGGCUACAUUUGCCUGCUUAUUCAGGGAGCUACAAAAGAAGACGCUGGUUGGUAUACUGUGUCAGCUAAGAAUGAGGCUGGGAUUGUGUCCUGCACUGCCAGGCUUGAUGUUUAUACUCAGUGGCAACAACAACCUCAAACCACCAAGCCAAAGAAGGUGCGUCCCUCAGCCAGUCGAUAUGCAGCACUUUCUGACCAAGGACUAGACAUCAAGGCAGCAUUCCAGCCUGAAGCAAACCCAGUUCAUCUGACAUUGCAGUCCGGCUUGGUAGAGAGCGAUGACCUGUAGACCUGAGCUGCCAGAUCCAUCAUUUUCUUUCAAAGCAGAAACACUGAAAGCCAUUGCCUUGACCAAUGAUUCUUCUAUGUCACUUUAUGUAAAGCCAGACACCUUCAAGUACAAAAAUCCCCACCUUAACCAUAUAUUUCUUAUUCCUACCAAAUUAGGAUAGGUAGCUGAUUAAUAGAAAUGUUCACAUUGCACAGAAAAUCACAUUCACUGUUCAGUUCCUUAUGCCUAUAUUGCUAGAACUCUUAUGAAUAACCUUUUUCAUAAAGGCCAAAAUACUGAACUGAACCAGAUUUUUCAGAAGUAAACAGUACAGUAUUUAUCACUGAGUUCCUUCCUAAGCAAGAUGUAGAUGCUACAUGGUAUUAAUGGUGUGAGAAGUUUCAUUUAAGGCUAUUAGACCAUAAAGGAAAUUAACAUGUAUGGUUAUCUUUUUACAAUUCAAAAUGGCAAUGCAGCGUGAUAGCUACAGAGAACAAGUGCAAUAUUGUAAGAAUAAAACAAACGAAUACCUUGUCUCUACAAUGAGAAAGGAAAUACAUGCCUUAAAAUGUUAGAACUGCCAAUACUAUAUAGCAAGGCUGACACCUUUGUUCUUAAAAAAAGUUCUUAUUUUUUUUUCUUUUUUUGGCCAGCGAGGAGACUUAUUUACAACCAUACUACAAGGCUAAUUUAAGCAUAAAUAAUUGAACCUAGUCAAAAUAAUGAGAGCUGAGGCAUAAUACACUACUACAGACUAUAAAUCCUAGCACCCACGUAAGGGAUACUUUUGGGAGAGAGAAAAAUGCCAACAGUAUAGUUUUACUACAUAAGGUUAGCAAAAAGGGGGAAAACUAUAGAUGUUUUUAGUGUAGUUUUUUUUUUUUUUUUUUAAACAGAUCCUGAAAACUAACAGAACACUGCCAUUCACACAUUUGAAAUUCCCAGGUCAGCAGAAAGCUAUGGAGUUUAUGUAGUGGACAUUUAUGAUUGUGUAGAGCUUGUGAAUAUGUAUGAGGAUUUUAGGAAUGUAGAGCACGUGGAAAAAAUGGACUGAGUCUGCAAUCGGAGUUUAAAUGACAAGCACAUAUCAUAGGGGGUAGGCUAGUAGAAUGAAGGUGGAGAAAAACAGAUGUGCCAUUAUAUUAUUUUCUUAAGACAACAUGUGUAGGUGGUGAAUGAUAAAUAUUUGUUUUCUUCCCUAGUGUACGAUACCAUGCUGUGGCUAGGGACUGCGUGCAGUAGGUGAAGACUUUAGAAUAGAGGCUACUUUCAGAAUGCAAAGCAAUUCCACAUCAAACUGGACUCUACCUAGUCUACUGUACUAGGCAGUUUUGACUCUGAACCAAUUAGUUUAGUUGAGAGGGCAGAAGAAUUUUAAUUGGGCCUAAUGGGGAAAAAAUUGAGGUAUUAAUGGUACGAGAGUACUUUGAUAUAAAAGGAACACGCUGUAUUCCUUAUAUGAAGCACAUAUGGUUAUCUUUCAUUAUUUAUAAUAAAAAGUGUUGAAAUCUAUCUCAGCUCAGUUAUUCAAGUCCAUUAUUAGUUUAUUGUUUGUGUACUACCAUAUAUUUUGCAUUACUGCUAUACAUAUAUUGUUUCAUACCUCUUUGUAAGUAUACAAAACAAGUUUUUUUUAGUGACUAAACUUUAGCACAGAAGAUAGUACUAUUCUAUGCAGAUCGGUGCAGGUUAUGACCACAGUUACAGGCACUGCUUAUCUAAAUUAAUAUCAUACAGUCUGUCAUAUAGAAAUAUCCUAUCUAUAUUUUAAAGUAUGUCUUAUUUGCCAAGUUUUUCUUGACUGCUAAUUUACUGUUUGUUUAGCUUAACUAGCAUUAUUUUGACACCUUUUAUUUGUAUUUAUAAAAAAAGUACUAUCAUUACUUUGGAUUGUUGUGCUGACAUAAUGUGGGUUUAGCAUCAAUAAAUAUUACACAA